AUGUCCUUCUUGAGGAACUUCUUCGGUACCUCCGCUGUUCCAGCAAAGGAAGAGGAGAAGCCUAUCCCUAUCCGUGCUCUACCCGCGUCAUGGUACACAUCCAAGGAUAUGUACGAGCUUGAACGCCGAUCUAUCUUCUCCCGGAAGUGGCUUCUUACUACACACAAGCACCGAAUCCCCAACGCCGGUGACAGUGUUCGCUACGACGCCGCAGGCUACGAGUUCAUCGUCGCCAAAGACAACAAUGGAACCAUCACCGCUCUCCACGGCAACGAUCUUUUCCCCGCUCAUGUGCACAUUGACCGCAAUGGAUUCGUCUGGGUGAAUCUGGACGCCAGCGAGACCCCGGAAGUUGCCUGGAAAGACGAUUUCGAAGGUGUCGACGAGCAGCCCCGAUUCGACUACUACAACUUCGAGGACUAUAACUUCGAUCACACAUGGGAUAUGGAGGGCGCAUUCAACUGGAAGAUCCUGGCCGAUAACUACAAUGAAUGCUACCACUGCCAAGUUGCUCACCCCGAUAUCCCCACCAUCGCCGACCUCCACUCCUACUAUGUCAAGACCAAGGCCGGCCACAUCCAACACUACGGCGCCCAGCGACAGGACCAGAUCGACAAGGGUUUCCGGAUCGCAACUACCUACUUCUGGCCUAAUGCCUCUUUCAAUAUCUCUCCCCACUUCUUCUUCAUGCAGCGCUUCACCCCUACCAGCCCGACCCAAUGUGUAAUGCGCUAUGAAGUCUACCGCCACAAGGACGCCAGCGACGCGGACUUUAACCUCAUCAGUGACAUGUACAAGCGAAUCAUGUCUGAGGACAAGUACCUGUGUGUGAACACGCAGAAGAACCUCGACGCUGGUGUCUUUGUCAACGGCCAGCUUCAUCCCAAGAUGGAGCAGGGCCCGCUUCACUUCCAGAAGACUGUCCGCGACGUUGUCGUUGAACACUAUGGCAAGGAGGAGACUGCGGGUCAUCAAAUCUGGCCUGCAAAGCGCGAUAUCCCUGCGGACGUUGCUGUCAGCCAGGAUCAAGAGAAUGUCGCUCUUCGUACGGGUGGGCACGUGGACACUUUCAAGGAUGCCAUGGGUACCGGUCUAUCCACAGUAACGGCAAUCGCUGUGUAG